UCUUUCUGUUUCUGUUUGUAGCAUACACUGUAUAUUGUAGCUAGCACGAGUCACAUGGUUGCUAGCUAUAGUUAAACAACAACAACAACAAAAAAUGACCGAGACACAAAACGGAGCGGUGUUUGAGGCCAUUACGGUGCACAAUUUUUCGGAGAAGAUUUUGGAGCAGGUCAUACACUUUCAUGUGAUGAAGCUCAGCGGAGGGUUCUUCCUGUGGGUCGGCUCGAGUCCGGUUCUGUCCAACCUGGCGGUCUCAAUGAGCAGCAGAUAUGAUUCGAUGCCUUUAUCUUCGUUAAUCAUGGGGGACCCAUCCAAUACUGCUUCAAAUUCCUUGGCACAGAGAUUAGCAAAGAAGACCAAAAAGCAAGUAUUUGUGAGUUACAGUCUCCCGACGACAGACUCCAACCUCAGUCUUUCGGUGGAGAACCGGAUCAAAAAGGAGCUGGAGCUUCACCCUGAACACUUUUGAUUGUUUAUUGAACUGAAGAGUUGAAGUGUUUUGUGUAGAACGGAGGACAGAGCAACAAUCAAGUAGCAGGUGCUUCUCCUCUUUUGGACUAACAAACAUACAUAUAUUCGAAAUACUGUAAUCGAACUCCCACACAAUAACCACAAACGGUCACAUCAAGUGUUCUUUUAUUGACAUAAUAAAUUAAUUGGUUUAUUAUCAAAACAUGUAGAGACCUAUGGCUUUUUGUACAAAUGCAUCAUAUUAAAAAAAUAACACUUAGAAAA